GGAGAAAGAGACCAGGGCUGCGGAUUCGGGAGGCACAAGGAAUUGCGGGGAGCAGGGGGGGAAUUGCACGGUCCCUGCCACAACCAAUCCCAGCAGCGAUCACAUCAAUGCAAAUAGGAGCACAAUGGAGCUAGCAAUAAGCGCGCUGCAGCCAAGCUUGGAGCGGGCUGCGCUUGGCUGACGGGCCGCCUCUCCAAUGGCAGGCGCUGGGGGGCUGCCGGUGGCCAGUGGCUGUGGCGCGGGGGCGUGCCGGGGCCAGGCUAGGCUGUCCUUGCAGGGUAUCUGGGCUAAACUUCACCAAAUAAUAGCUGUUUGUAUUUUGGCUGCUGCAGGAGCCAUUUUAGGUAAACAAUAAUAGAACAGUAUCAGGAAUAUGCAAAAGCACACACACGAAGAAAUGUUCAAAGCUGCCUUGACACUAUUGUGCAGGAGUUGAAGAAGCCAAAAUUUCUAAAGAAGAAGCUCAAGAGACUGAAAAAUACUGAAAUGAGAACAGCUGAACCCUGACUCCAGAGUGUGUACAUUCUGUGUCCCUUUUUCCAGCCGAACAAGCUCCCUCAUCCCUUCUCUUCUUACAAAAGGCAAUGUAUUGUUCUUGGGAAAGAAGUAAUAUCCAUCCCAGUAUUGAUGAUAAUGAAAAUACAGAAGAAAGAAAAACAGCUGCCGAAUUUUAAAGUGUUGAGUCAUUCCCCAAUGUCUGAUGCCUCCAUCACCUUCGAAUGCAAGCCACAGUCCCCCUUUGCCAACAGCACAGACCAGGAGGAUUUGCAUGACCUGGUGACAAUCUCUGAGUUGGCCAGUGUGAACCUGGCCCAGAAGGACCAGCAGGAUGUGGUACCUGAUGUGGUACCUGCCGAGAUUGUGCAGAACAUGGUGACCUCCCAUAAUGGGAUGCAGGAUGAUGGGGGUGGGGGCACUGGGGUGAAGAAGAAACGGAAGAAAAAAGAGCUGGGGCAGCAAGAGCUGGGUGGGGAAAGAGAAGUCAAACCAAAGAGGAAGAGAGAGCCUAAGGAACCAAAAGAACCCAAAAAGCCCAAGGAGCCCAAAAAGCCCAAGGAGCCCAAACAGGAAGGGGCCAAGAAGCCCAGGAAGCCUCGGGAGCCCAAAGCCCCAAAAGAGCCUAAAGACAAGAAGAGCAACUCGGAAUCUCCCCCCAAAGCAAAGCCCAAGAAGUCCAGCACGGAGCAAGGACCAACUCCUGUUGAGAAGAAGAAAAAGGGGAAAAGGAAAAAUGACACUCCAGUGGAAAGCCUAGAGCUGGAGCAGAGCCUCCUCUCCCUGUCUGGGCAGAGCCCUGAGGAGUCUGGGGAAUCAGCUGACAGCCAGAAGCGCCGCUCCGGACGCCAGGUAAAGCGCAGGAAGUAUAAUGAAGACCUGGAUUUCAAGGUGGUGGAUGAUGAUGGUGAAACGAUAGCUGUGCUGGGAGCUGGUCGAGCUUCUGCUCUUUCUGCAUCUACCUUGGCCUGGCAGGCAGAGGAGCCUCCUGAGGAUGAUGCUAACAUCAUUGAGAGAAUCCUUUCGUCCAGGAUGGUGCAGAAGGAGACCUACCCUGGAGGCACAACGUAUGAACAGGAGGAGUUCUACGUAAAAUACCGCAAUUUUUCUUACUUGCACUGUAAAUGGGCUACAAUGGAGGAGCUGGAGAAAGACCCACGCAUCUCUCAGAAGAUAAAACGCUUCCGCAAUAAGCAGGCCCAGAUGAAGCACAUUUUCACCGAGCCUGAUGAAGAUCUGUUCAACCCAGACUAUGUGGAAGUCGAUAGAAUCUUGGAGGUGGCUCACACGAAAGACUCCGACACUGGGGAGGAGGUGACUCACUACCUGGUGAAGUGGUGCUCGUUACCUUAUGAGGAAAGCACCUGGGAGCUAGAGGAAGAUGUUGACCCUGGGAAGAUCAAAGAGUUUGAGAUUCUACAAAUCCCACCAGAACUAAAAUCCUUGGAACGUCCUGCCUCUGAAUCCUGGCAAAAGCUGGAGAAGUCUCGAGACUAUAAGAACAACAACCAGCUGCGGGAGUACCAGCUGGAGGGAAUGAAUUGGCUGCUCUUUAACUGGUACAACAGGAAGAACUGCAUUCUGGCUGAUGAAAUGGGUCUAGGGAAGACAAUCCAGUCCAUUACAUACCUCUCUGAGAUUUACCUGAUGGGUCUUCGGGGACCAUUCCUCAUCAUUGCCCCACUCUCCACCAUCACAAACUGGGAGCGGGAGUUCCGCACGUGGACAGAGAUGAAUGCCAUUGUAUACCAUGGCAGCCAGAUAAGCCGCCAGAUGAUUCAGCAGUAUGAAAUGGUAUACCGGGACACACAGGGCAGUCCUCUUCCAGGGCUCUUCAAAUUCCAUGUAGUAAUAACCACCUUUGAGAUGAUCUUGGCUGACUGCCCAGAGCUGAAGAAGAUCCAGUGGCGCUGUGUGGUUAUUGAUGAAGCCCAUCGUCUCAAGAAUAGGAACUGCAAAUUACUGGAAGGGCUGAAGCUCAUGUCUCUGGAACAUAAAGUGCUGCUGACUGGGACACCCCUGCAGAACUCAGUAGAGGAACUCUUCAGCCUGUUGAACUUCUUGGAACCGCAACAGUUCCCAUCUGAGUCAGCCUUCUUGGAGGAGUUUGGGGACCUUAAGACAGAGGAGCAGGUAAAGAAGCUCCAGUCCCUCUUGAAACCCAUGAUGCUGCGACGGCUGAAGGAUGAUGUGGAGAAGAAUCUAGCACCCAAACAGGAGACCAUUAUCGAGGUAGAGCUGACUAACAUCCAGAAGAAAUACUAUCGGGCCAUCCUGGAGAAGAAUUUCACCUUCCUGUCCAAGGGUGCUAACCAGCACAACAUGCCCAACCUCAUCAACACCAUGAUGGAGCUUCGCAAGUGCUGCAACCACCCCUACCUCAUCAAUGGGGCAGAGGAGAAGAUUCUGGAGGACUUCCGUAAAACACACAGCCCAGAUGCUCCUGACUUUCAGCUGCAGGCAAUGAUCCAGGCAGCAGGCAAGCUGGUCCUGAUCGAUAAGCUGCUGCCGAAGCUGAUUGCAGGCGGGCACAAGGUGCUGAUCUUCUCCCAGAUGGUGCGCUGCCUUGAUAUCCUGGAGGAUUAUCUCAUCCACAGGCGGUACACCUAUGAACGCAUUGAUGGACGGGUGCGUGGGAAUUUACGCCAAGCUGCCAUAGACCGCUUUUGCAAGCCGGAUUCAGACCGCUUUGUCUUCCUGCUGUGUACACGGGCAGGGGGACUGGGCAUCAAUCUUACUGCUGCGGACACUUGCAUCAUCUUUGAUUCAGACUGGAAUCCACAGAAUGACCUGCAGGCUCAAGCUCGCUGCCACCGGAUAGGGCAAAGCAAGGCAGUGAAGGUCUAUCGCCUCAUCACCAGGAAUUCCUAUGAGCGGGAGAUGUUUGAUAAGGCCAGCCUGAAGCUGGGCUUGGAUAAAGCAGUGCUGCAGGACAUCAACCGCAAGGGCAGCAACAAUGGGGUGCAACAGCUCUCCAAAAUGGAGGUAGAGGACUUGUUGCGAAAAGGAGCUUAUGGGGCUCUGAUGGAUGAGGAAGAUGAAGGCUCCAAGUUCUGUGAGGAAGAUAUUGACCAAAUCCUGCAGCGCAGAACCCAAACAAUCACAAUCCAGACUGAAGGAAAGGGCUCCACAUUCUCCAAGGCCAGCUUUGUUGCUUCUGGAAACAGAACUGACAUUUCGUUAGAUGAUCCCAACUUCUGGCAGAAAUGGGCAAAAAUAGCAGAACUGGAUACAGACACAAAGAAUGAAAAGGAGAGCCUAGUGAUUGACAGGCCCCGUGUUCGCAAGCAGACCAAACAUUACAAUUCCUUUGAGGAAGAUGAACUUAUGGAGUUCUCUGAGCUAGAUAGCGACUCUGAUGAGCGGCCCACACGUUCAAGGCGUCUCAAUGAAAAAACACGUCGCUACUUACGGGCAGAGUGUUUCCGUGUGGAGAAGAACCUGCUUAUAUUUGGCUGGGGACGGUGGAAAGACAUCUUGACCCAUGGCCGGUUUAAAUGGCAUCUCAAUGAAAAAGAUAUGGAAAUGAUUUGUCGAGCACUCCUGGUCUACUGUGUCAGACAUUAUAAGGGAGAUGAGAAGAUUAAGAGCUUUAUCUGGGAUUUGAUUACUCCGACAAAGGAUGGACAGAACCAGGCCCUGCAGAACCAUUCAGGCUUAUCAGCCCCAGUGCCAAGGGGGAGGAAGGGGAAGAAAACUAAGAACCAGAUGCUGCUCCCUGAGAUCAAGAAUGCAGAUUGGCUCACCACCUGCAAUCCUGAGAUCGUCCUCCAUGACGACAGCUACAAAAAGCACCUAAAGCAACAUUGUAACAAGGUGCUGUUGCGGGUGCGGAUGCUCUACUAUUUGAAAGCUGAAGUGCUGGGGGAGGCAGCUGACAAAGCCUUUGAAGGAACCCCUGCCAAAGAUCUGGAUGUCCUGCUGCCAGAUAUUGACUAUGUGGAGAUCCCUGUGGAUUGGUGGAAUGCUGAGGCAGAUAAAUCCCUUCUCAUUGGAGUUUUCAAACAUGGUUAUGAGCGGUACAAUGCUAUGCGAGCCGAUCCAGCCCUCUGCUUCCUUGAGAAAGUAGGCAUGCCAGAUGAGAUGCUGCUGUCUGUGGAGCAGAGUGUCAUUGAUGGAGUGCAGGAUGCCCCAGAAAGAGCGAAUGUGGAUAAAGAAGAGAACAGUGCAGACAAACUGGAUGGGCUGCAGAAGCAGGAGGAGACUUCAGAUUGUGGUGAAGUUACGGAGAAGAAAGAUAACAGCGUUGCAGCCCAGGAUGGCUCCGACCCAGACAAAUCCAGCUGGCCUGUGUCAUCUGCCCUCACAGCAAGGCUGCGGCGUCUCGUCACUGUUUACCAGCGCUGUAACCGUAAAGAGCUGCCAUCCAGGCCUGAGAUCAUAGGGCCUUGUAACCAUGGCUAUUGGCUACAAGAGGAAAUGUUCCGAAGAGCCAACGAGAUGGAUCCUAUGAACAAGGAAAUGCAGAAAAGAUGGACCAGAAGAGAGCAGGCAGAUUUCUACCGCACUGUCUCUUCAUUUGGGGUCAUUUAUGAUCCAGAGAAGAAGAUCUUUGACUGGACCCAGUUCCGAUCCAUUUCACGUUUGGAGAAGAAAACUGAUGAAAGCCUAGAAAAAUAUUUCUACAGCUUUGUUGCCAUGUGCAGGAAUGUCUGUCGCUUGCCCCAUUGGAAAGAAGAUGGUCCAGCAGAUCCUAGUAUAUAUGUGGAACCAAUUACAGAAGAACGUGCUGCAAGGACACUGUACCGAAUUGAACUCCUACGGAAGAUCCGUGAGCAAGUGUUGAGAUGUCCACAGCUGCAUGAUCGACUCAAACUUUGCCGUCCAAGUCUAUACCUUCCUGUGUGGUGGGAGUGUGGCAAGCAUGACCGGGAUCUGUUGAUUGGUACGGCUAAACAUGGGCUGAACCGCACAGACUAUUAUAUCAUGAAUGAUCCCCAGUUGUCAUUUCUGGAUGCCUACAGAAAUUAUGCUCAACACAAAAGGACAGGGGUCCUUGGUGCAGAGAACUUGUGUUGUCAUCAUCAGGCAAAUUCUAAACUGUUUUGCUCCCCUUCAUAUAGUCAAUUGGAAAGAAAACGUGAAUCUGCAGACACAGAAACUGAGAACUGCAUGAAGCUAGUGAGCACAGGCGAUGGUCUCUCAAGGACAGAAAGCAUUUCUCAGGAUGACAGCUGUGAAAAUUUUAUGGCUAAAGUCCGGGGCAUGAUUUCUAUUAACUAUGAUGAGAGCUCUUUACCUGAUUCUCUGAUGUGCAUGAUGUAUGAUGAAAAGGCCUGCAACAGUGAGCACAGCUCCCUGGCUCGUGACAGCCCCAGCUGCACAGACGUCAGCAGCAAUACUACCAAAAUGGCAGAGGGCAAAAUAGAUGGGGAUGAAGAUCUGUCUAGCUGUGAUGCUGAGACCACAAGAGAGCCCUCCUUCUUGGAUCACUUGCAGCUAGGCAGUGACCAAAUGGAGGGUCAAAAUGCAGCCCAGGAGCCUUCGACCAAGGAGACAAAGCCCUUGGAGAGCUUUACUGGGGAGCCCUGUGAUACCCUUCAGCACAUGGAGAAUCAGUAUGCUAGUGCAGGAUCAGUACCAUUUGAAAGGGAUAGCAUGGAAGGGGUGUUAAGCAUAGGAGUAUACAGCCCUAGUCUUCAUAACUUUGAUAUCGAAGUCCACCCUGAGAAGAGGUUCAUGGGCUUGUUGCAUGAUAAGGGUUUGGAAGAGAAAUCAGUACAGAGUCAGAGCCACAGUGAGGAAGAGGAAGAUGAGGAGGAGGAGGAGGAAGAUGAAGAUCAUUUGGAGACAGCAGCAGAUGCUGUAGAAAAUUUGAGAGGCUGCCUAAAGUCUCCAGAUGUUGACGAAGCCCAAGCUAUUGUGCAAGAGGGACAGAAACAUAGUUCCUGUAUUCUCAAUACCCUGGACUCAUUCAUGGAGGAAAGGAAUAAGGAGCCGGUUGAGUCAAUCUCAAGUGAGCAGGCAGCAUCCAAAUGUGAUAGUGAGCCAGGGGCUGGGGAGGAUGAUCAAGCUGAAUGUGAGAGCCUUGAGGAGCAUAUGCCAGCCUUGCAGGAGAUCCAGGCCUGCCAUCACCAUCACUCUGCACGGGGCCAGGGUUCAGCAAUUCAGAUGGAGCUCUUAAAGACACAUCCUAUCUGCAUGAAGGUGGACCUCUGGGGAGAUGACAGUGAGGGGAAGAGGGACAGUCCUGUUGUUCAGCCUCUCUGUGAGAGUGGAAUAAAGAGAGAGGAAGAUGAGUGUGAGAACCAAGACCUAGAGAAGAGGGAUGAAAUCAGCCAAAAUCAAGAUUGUUUUGAGAAGUUUUCCGAAGAUGAAAGCAAGAGCUCCAUGUUUGCUGUGCCUGGAGAGAUCGAUGAACUUCAGGAUGUCCGGGCACCUACCAUAGCUCAGCUUUUGCAGGAGAAGACGCUCUACUCUUUCUCAGAGUGGCCUAAGGACCGAGUGAUCAUUAACCGCAUAGACAACAUCUGUCAUGCCAUCUUAAAAGGCAAAUGGCCUUCUUCCAGCCAGCCAUCUGAAAUACAAAGCAUGAUGCCCACUCCUGUGUUAGCCAGCAAUACUGGCAAUAGGAACAGCUACACCAAUUCAGAAACCUCGGAGCCCAGCUUCAGUAAUGGAGUGAUAACUACACAGGUCCAAAAGGAAGGUUUCCUGGCUCCCACCUUUGUCAAAGAUGAACACAAGCACCAGCAACCAUAUGAAUUUGAGAUGGAGAGAGAUGCCAAGCAGCGGAGUCUUGAACAGCUAGUUGCAUCCCACCCCCAUCCUUCAAUUGUGUUAAAUGGCUGGCGGGAUGCAGCAGUUGACCUCUCAAGAGUGGCUGAUGGAUCCCCAGCAAAUAGCUCUCCUUUCACCUUGAGCGCAAGCAUACCUAAGUUAGGGACAGUGAAUGCCCUGCAGGGUUCCCUUGGCAUGGACUUGUCUGGUAUCCUUCAGGCAGGAUUAAUUCAUCCUGUAACAGGACAAAUUGUCAAUGGGAGUCUACGAAGAGAUGAUGCUGCCAUGAGAAGAAGGCGGGGCAGGAGAAAAAAUGUGGAAGGGAUAGACGUCAUAUUACUGAAGGAAAGAAGCCUCCAGACCGGGUUGCCGGAAGAUCAAACCCUGACUGUACCAAGUAAUAUCAACCCUGAUGGGCCAGACAUCACUACCUCAACUCAGCAGACAGUUCCAGCCCCUAAUGUCCAGGCAGAGAAGAUUGUUCCAAACAAGAGUCUUCUGGACUGGCUGAGACAGCAGUCUGACUACACUCUUGAAAUCCCUGGCUUUGGCACAAAUUUUUCAGAGAAGCCUAAACAGAGGAGGCAGCGCUGUAAGGACCCCAGCAAAUUGGAUAUUAAUUCUCUCACGGGGGAGGAGCGAGUGCCUGUGGUCCAUAAGGGUACAGGACGACGAUUAGGAGGAGCUAUGGCACCAGCAUUGAAGGAAUUGCCAAGGUGGCUUGAUGCAAAUAUGGAGUAUGCUGUUGCAGCAGACUGGUCUGACAUUGUUAAACUUUCAGGGUUCUUACCUGAAAGCAAGUUUAAUCGUAUUCUCACUGAACCUGUACUCCGAGAUGCUGGGCCUCGACGGAGAGGAAGGAGGCCAAGAAGUGAACUUUUUAAAACUCCUGGCAUAGUAGCAGAUGCUUCUUCUGGAAUUGGACCAUUAUUCAUGAAUGGACUUAUUGCUGGAAUGGAUUUAGUAGGACUCCAGAAUAUGAGAAACAUGCAAGGCAUUCCUUUAACUGGGCUGGUUGGGUUUCCUGCUGGAUUUGCAGCAAUGCCUGCUGGUGAGGAUGUCAAAAGCACUCUAAGUAUGUUGCCGAUGAUGCUGCCAGGCAUGGCUGCUGUACCACAGAUGUUUGGUGUUGGAGGACUUCUCAAUCCAUCAAUGGCAACGACUUGUACGUCAACUGCUCCCACUUCAUUAGCAAGCACAACCAAAAGUGGUACAUCUCAUUCAGAAAAGGAUGCUGAAGAGAAACAGAGUGACCCAGAUGCAAAAACAGAAACUCUUUCUGAAGACAAAUCUGGUCCUAGUUCAUUUUCUGAUCAGUCGGAACCUGCAAUAACUGCCAGUAAUCCAGUAGCUUUUAACCCAUUUCUUAUUCCAGGAAUGUCAUCUGGACUGAUCUAUCCCUCAAUGUUUCUUUCUCCUGGUAUUGGCAUGGCAUUGCCAAGCCUUCAGCAAACCAGACAUUCAGAGGUAACAAACCUAGAAAGCCAGAAACGCAAAAGAAAGAAAACUAAAGGGGAGUUAGCAAAUCCAGAACCAGAAACUCUUUUGCUGUCUGACAAGGAACAUGCAAACAAUCAAAACUGUACUGAACAAACACCAUCUGUGUCAGCAGAAAAUGAACAUCAUGUACCAGCAGAGGAGAAAGAGAAGUUGAGAGAAAUUAAAGAUACCAAUUAGAACUUUUGUUUCUUUCUGGAAAAAAAAUGUGGCUUGUAAGUUCCUCAUCCCAUAAAUAUUUGUUAUCGCCCUCUGUACCCAUGUCACCUUCAUAAAAACCUGUGUUUCUAUAAGUAAUAUUAUCUACCUAAAUCCUGGUAAGAAAGCUAUGGUGACAUGUUGAUAGUUGCAGGGUCCUACCAUAGAUUAUAAGCAAUGUUCUACAAUUAGUAUGGGAGGCACAGAAUUCUUGUCCAGCUGUCCAGUCUUCUCCUCCCCGCCCUCUCCACCAAACAGUAGUAAAUAAGUACUUGGUCAUCCCCCAAACUGCUUGUUUUUUGAGGGUGGGGGGAUAAAAUCAUAGAUUAAGAAAAUGCUUCUCUCUUGAUGAAAUCACAAAACACAGGAAAAGGUAGAUGUUUUUACAAUGACACUGAAUUUAAAAAAAAUCUUGUAUUUUGGGGUAAAAAGCACAGUUAUAGUAAGUGCUAAUGUGUAUUUUUUGAUUUAAAGUAUUUCCCUAUUUUAUCAUGGUUACUAGAAUAGUAGUAUAGACAGAAGUAUAUAACUAAUGAUUGAAAAUGCAUAUAUUCAUUUCUUUUUUUAAAAAAAGGCAUAAAUGGUAGAUAUAUAAUUUCCUCCUGUUCACACUACAAAGUUUUGGAAACAAACUGCUGUAAGUGAAAAGAUUACCUGAACUUUUAUAUUUCUAAAACCAAAUCUUGUUUUAUUUUAAAGUGCAUUUCAGUUGUCCUUUCUUGAAUUCUUAGAAGGCCAUUUCCAGUUCCUGCUGAGAAAUAGAUGCACAUCUUUGCAUGUUUUUCCCCCAGGGGGAGGGGCUUAAUAUCUAUAACUACCAGUUGCUUUUUCAUUUUGCUAUUCUUCAUUUCUCACAAAGGCCCUUAAAAGUAUUUUUCCCAGUGAAGAACAUACCACUGAUUUUAAUUUUCUUAUGUGGGAACUAUAUCUGAAUUUUAUCAAUUCUUCUCCUUCCUUGAGAAAUGAUGUUAUUUUUGGAAACAGAUUUUUAAAAAGCCGUAGGCUGGGCUUUUACAUUUUAGAUGGCCUUUGACAAGGACAGUUGACAGUUUCAAAGCUUGAGUUUAUCUUCUGUUUCUAGUAUUAGACUGUGAAGAAAACAUUUUUGCUCCUUCUUUUCAUUCCUUUUGAUCCCUAGCAUUGUUGAAUGAUAUGUCCCAACAUCUCUGCACAUACAUUUUGUGUCAGUGUUUUAAAUGAAAUCCUUUAAAAAUAUGAACAGAUUUCCAAAGCUCAGUGUGUUGAAAAACCCUCCACAGGCAAUUCUUACUCUGCUUUCUCCCCACUCCUAUGUCACUUUUCUUUCACUUGGGCUUGUUCUAAUUUACAGCUCAUGGUUCGAGACUUGAAAAAAAGACACACACACACACACACACACACUUUGUGGUGCGAUGUUUAAAUGGCAGACCAUUAGAGGGGCUUGGGAGUGUAUGCUAGUAUUCAGUUUCACAUUUGGUUUGUCACAAUUUACUGUAUUUUUUACUUUUUUUCUGUUACAGUUUUGCUAAUUUAUCAGAUGGUCCAAAUGUUUUGACAUAACUAUUUCAGUUUGCAUUAUUUAUUUAUGAUGCUUUUUCAUUGUCUUUUAUACAUUUGGGAUUAUAAAGUAUGUACAUGUUAAAAUUAGCAUCUCAAAGAAGUCUGUUACCCAUGAACUAAAAUUAAGUCUGUACAUUGCAGUGAAUUUACUUAGUUUAUGGGUUGGAAUCGGUUUCAAUAAUUUAUACAAUUGGUUAUGAUACUGCAAACAAAUAAAAAUGGAUAAUGGCAUAGGCCCUAUUUAAUAGCACGUGUAGCAUAGAUACUGUAUCACUAUUGACAGAUUUCUUAGAAAUGCUGCUAUCUCUGUUUAACUAACAUUUUGUUCAGUUUGCCUCCAGUGGAAGCAGAGAGGUUUUUUUCAGCUGUUAAAUCCAAAUCAAUAUAAUUUAUUUAUGUAAAAAAAAAAAAUCACUUGAUAUAUUUUUGAACCUUUUAAGUACUAACUUUUUAUUUAGUAGAAAAACAUGUACUUGCCCUAAAUCCUUAAAAUACAAAUGCUAUAAAACUUCAUAUAUCUUGAAAGCCUUACUGUGAAUGGAUGCAGAUUUCUCUCCAGAAUCUAUUUAUAAUGUAUCCAAGGAUUAUUUGCCAGGUUUACACUCUUAAGGAACAGGGUUGAGACUGAACUUUAGUUUGUCAGCAUGUUCUAUAUAGCUUGUUCUUUCUUAUUUAAUGUGUGUGUCUGAGUAUGUAGGCUUCUCUUUGACCUUUAAUGUGUGAUCCUUUUGCAGUGAUGGAGCUGUUCUGGCUUAUUUACAGUGAAAGGCAUGAAUGGCUACUUAUUUUUUACCAUAAUCAUCUUCAAGAAUAAAUGCCAGUUUUUCCACAUAUUCCGUAAACACUCACAUAAACAUAGAUGCUUCAUCAAAUGUGCUAUUAAAAUAAACUGUCUGUGCUUGUAAACAUGGAUAUAUAGAUUUAAAAGUCAAGAUUUUUAAUUUUUUAAUUUAGUGCCUAAUUUAUAUUAUGCUUUUUAAAAAAUACUGGCGGAACCGUGCUAAAGAUGUUUAUACUCCCCCCACCCCCAGGAAAUCUAUUUCUAAUUGUUUUGCUUGACUUGGAACUAAACAUGAUUUGCCUUUUUCCUAGCAUGA